AUAGCUGGUUUGGUACCUAAUCUUGAUUCAAUGCUUCUUGUUUGUUAUAUAUGUGAUCUACUCUUUUGCCAAGUAUUGCUUUGUAAGAUAAAAUCCUACUUUUUUGGUGGACGAUAAUCUCCAAACAUAUCAUGAUGAUUUCCUCUAUCUGCUUCAUAUUUUUUCUCAUUCUCUCCUCUUCCUAUGCUGCUGUCCAAGAUUUCUGUGUUGCAGACUACACAGCUCCUCCAAGCCCUGCAGGAUACUCUUGCAAAAACCCCUCAGAUGUUAAGGUGGACGAUUUCGUGUACUCUGGUCUAGGAGUUCCUGGUAACAACUUAAAAUUAAACAAAGUCCGACUUAAAGCUGCAUUUGUUGCCCAAUUUCCUGGUCUAAAUGGCCUUGGUAUUUCGCUGGCUCGUGCGGAUAUGGAGGUUGGUGGAGUUGUUCCGAUGCACACUCACCACGGAGCUUCAGAGGUCAUACUUGUUGCGGAAGGCAAAGUUAUAGCUGGGUUCAUCGCCUCGGAUAACAAAGCUUAUGUAAAAAAUCUGAAGAAAGGUGAUAUUAUGGUUUUACCUCGAGGUUUGCUUCACUUCCAAGUAAAUGCAGGUGAUACUCGAGCCCUUGUAUUUGCUAGCUUCAGCAGUGACGACCCAGGUGUGCAGCGUCUGGAGACUGCACUGUUUCAAAACGAUUUACGUACUGAAUUGAUAGCACAGACUACUCUCCUUGACAGUCACUAGUACAAAAUUGAAAAUAGAUAACGGUUCCGCACCGUUGUCUGAAAAAAUAUAUUUUCGUUGUCUAGGUGAGUGUUGUCUUUUUACGCUUCACUCUACAACGGUACUUCACCGAUGUUGAACAUAAUAAAGUACAACAGCUUUUAGUCAGAAAUCGUUGUAGAUAUACUCAGCACAUACCGUUAGCACUAAAUGCACCGUUGUGUAUGUAAUUAUUCAAUAACGGUUUUCGCUUA